AUGCCGAGCACAUUCACACAGCGUGUCUGGAACACUGUGGGGAAUGGGGAAGCCUACCAGUUGAGGAUACUCAUUGUGGGCAAAUCUGACUGUGGGAAAAGCGACACAGGGAACAGCAUCCUCUGCCGACAAGCAUUAGAGUCCAGACUUGGAGCCCAGUCAGUGACCAGGAUCAGCCAGGCAGAGAUGGGCACAUGGAAGGGAAGGAGUUUCCUAGUGGUAGACAUGCCACCCAUCUUUGAGUCAAAGGCCCAGAACCAAGAAAAGGAAAUUGGAGACUGCUACCUGCUGUGUGUGCCAGGACCCCAUGUACUGUUACUGGUGACACAGCAGGGACGCUUCACAGCCCAGGACACCAUAGCUGUGAGGAGGUUGAAGGAGAUCUUUGGGGCUGGAGUCAUGAGACAGAUGAUCGUCCUCUUCACCCACAAGGAAGACUUGGCAAAUGAGACCUUGCAUGAGUUUGUGACCCACACUGACAACCACAACCUGAGCAGCCUGGUCCAGGAGUGUGCGAGGAGGUACUGGGCCUUUAAUAACAGGGCUUAUGGUGAAGAGCAGCAUGGACAGCUGGCAGAGCUCAUGGCCCUGGUGAGCAGGCUGGAGCAGGAGUGUAAUGGCUCUUUCCACAGCAAUGACCUCUUUCUUCAUGCCUCUGUGUUCCUUAGUAGUAACAGCAGUGAGCGCCAGGAAGCCUACAGGUGCUACCUGGCCAAGGUGAGGCAGGGGGUGGAGAGGCAAAAGCAGGAGCUGAAGGAACACGAGGGCAGCUGGGUGGAUAAGAUGCUUUGCAGAGUCCACACGUGCAUGGGCUCCCACAUCACAGCAGCCACCCUUAUUAUUGUGUGCGGUUUGAUAUUUAUCAUCAUUUUAAUUAACUUGUGUAUUGCCCAGGGGCACUGAGUCUUUUCAGGGGAUUACCACCAUCAGCACCCUCCCCCCAGUGU